CUUUUCUCGAAUAAGAUUUUGAAUUCGACUCUAAGUUACCCCUCUCCUUCCUAUACUCCAAAAUAAAAAAAGCAAUCUCCAAGUCUUCGUCAAGUACCAAGUCUCCGUCAAGUAAAGCACCUUCCAUUACAUAAUCUAACCUCUUUAAUUUCACGAAGCUACAUAAAGUUUAAUGCAAAUGCAUCUUUUUAUGUUAUUUGUGUAUUGAAAGAAGGAAAAAUAACCUAAAAAAAUAUAGAAUUAUUUUAAUUUUGAAGUUUAUAUUACUCAAAUUCGAUUAUUUUCUGCAAUUGAUGAAUACGAAAAUGAAGAAGUUUAACAAUGGAAAAAAGGAACGACUCCCUGACAUUUUAGAUUUUGUGUUCUUAUGGUCAAUCAAAGAUGUUCUUAACAAUAAUCUCUACGUUAAUAAGGUCAAACCCAUACCGAACAUAUUCUCAUCAACUGAACAUUUCAUGAACUCAUUUAAAUUGCCACUUAUAGAGGAGACUCGCGCUGAAUUCUGUUCAGGCUUAGAAUCAGUUGGCCAUGCACCUGCUUGUGAGAUAUCAUCUAUUUCGUUUUCUAAGAAAUACAAACCUCCUAAAAAAUUAUAUUACGGCAUUUCCACGAAAAUAAUACAUGAUGUUAAUAAUCAUGCCGCACAUUACGAGCCAGAGACAGGUGAUAUAUUUGCUAUAACAAAUUCAAGGCCAAGAAGUAUUGAUGAUUUGAUCAAACCGGAUAAACCCCUUCAUUUUGGGUAUGUGUCAGAGUAUGAUGAAGAUGAACUUAAGUUUGAGAUAUUACUGUCACAAAAAAUUGAUCGGGAGAUAUUAAGUAAGAAAGAUGUGAGGCUUUUUGUUACAUUUUUGAUGAAUAUUACUACCAAUAUGAGGAUUUGGAGGGCAUUGAAUCCUGAUCCUCAUAGUAGAAGACUGGGUCCCAUUCACAAGAUGCUACAACAUGACUCUUCUGUGGAUGAUGGUUAUUGUACCCUUUGCAUCUCUGAAGAAAACUUCAAUGUUACACAAACAGAAGUGUUUGACCUUAUUAGUUCAUUUGGAUUAGACAAAUCUCAAACAGAAGCAGUUUUAAGCAGCAUUUCCAUGACUAAAUGCACACACCAGCAAUACAAUUCAAAGCUAAUUUGGGGUCCACCAGGAACUGGGAAGACCAAGACAUUAGCUUCAUUACUUUUUGUACUACUAAAACUCAACUACUGUAGGACACUAACUUGUGCACCCACCAAUGUAGCAGUGAUUCAGGUUGCAAAAAGACUAGUAACACUCUUCUUAGAGUCCUUGGCUUAUGAUACUUAUGGGUUAGGAGACAUAGUCCUAGUCGGAAAUGAAAAAAGAAUGAAGAUCGAUGAUGAUUUUGAGCUAGUCGACAUAUUUCUCAAAUAUCGUGUGAAGCUUAUUGAAGAGUGUAUCUUACCGUUAACUGGUUGGAAGACUAGUUUGGAGUCUAUGAUUUCAUUACUCGAAGACCCUAAGGCGAAGCAUGAUACUUACUUAGUACAGGUUGAGAAAGAGGAUAACAUGAAUGAAGAUUCAUCAUCAUCAAACCCAGUUUAUUCUGCUCAUAAAAACUAUGGUCAGGGUCUGGGGAGGGAAGAAAAACGGAAACUUAUACCAAUAAAGAAGAAGAAAAAUAAGAUGAAGGAAAAAAAAAAGGGCCAAGCAAGUAAUGAUAAGGCGGAUAUAAAAACCGAUGAAUUUUCGACAUUUGAUGAGUUUGUGAGGAAGAGUUUCGUUUCUUUAGCAAAUCGUUUAGUGUUUUGUGCAGAGAAUUUGUAUACUCACUUACCGACAUCAAGUUUACCACUUCGUGUGGCUAAACAGAUGAUUGAAUUAGUUGGUAUGCUUAAUACCCUGGUAGAAAAUGCGCGAAAAAAUAGUUGUAAUUUCACUGAACAGGUUAUGAUGAAUAGAGAAGGAUUGAUGGGUAUAUUGAAUUUACUUCAUAAGAGAUUUCCUAAGCCCAAGAUUAAGGGAAGUGUUAAGGAUUUUUGCUUGAAUAAUGCGCGAUUGAUAUUCUGCACUGCUUCAGGCGCGAUUAAAAUAGGUUCAGAUGUUGAAACAGUGAUAAUAGAUGAAGCAGCACAGCUCAAAGAAUGCGAGUCAGCGAUUCCUUUACAGAUUUUUGGUCUGAAAACUGUGAUUCUCAUAGGGGAUGAUCGGCAACUCCCAGCAAUGGUUCGGAGCAAGGUUUUAGGAAAGAUGAACUUCGGAAGGAGUUUAUUUCAACGGCUGGCAGGGUUAGGGAAAGAAAAGCAUCUUUUGAACAUUCAGUAUCGGAUGCACCCUUCUAUCAGCUUGUUUCCGAAUAAAGAAUUUUAUCAGAACAAGAUUGUAAAUGCACCCAAUGUCGAAGGAAGAAACUAUGUUAAGAAUUAUCUCAAAGGGAGCAUGUUUGGAUCUUAUUCUUUCGUACAUGUGACUGAUGGAAAGGAGAAUUUCAAGAAAGGGCAUAGUCCUAGAAAUUUUAAGGAGGCAAAGGUUAUUGAUCAGAUCAUUGCAAAGCUUUUCAAAGAACAUUAUUGCAUCACUAAACAGAAGGUGAGUGUGGGAGUACUAUCGCCAUAUAAGGGUCAAGUAGGUUUGCUUCAAGAAAAACUGGAGAAGAAAUACACGAAACAUAAGGAAAAGUUUUGCAUCAACAUUCGAUCAAUUGAUGGGUUUCAAGGCGGUGAAGAGGAUAUCAUAAUAAUCUCAACUGUUCGAAGCAAUGGAAAUGGAUCGGUAGGGUUCCUGUCUGAUCGUCAGAGAACUAAUGUAGCUCUCACCAGGGCGAGGUACUGUCUUUGGAUAGUUGGAAGUGGAAGUACUUUAGGUAACAGCUCUUCAGUGUGGAAAAACCUUAUACGCGAUGCAAAAAAUCGUGGUUGCUUCUAUUAUGCUGAUGAGAUCGUUAAUCUUAAUCACGAAACACCAGUUGAUAAACUUGAUUUCUUCAGCCACCUUAAACUCGAGGAAGCAAGAUGGAAGGUUACCUUUAGCAAUGAGUUUAAACAAUCUAUAUCAAGCAUAAAGAGUGUCAAGGCUCAGAAACGCGUACAAAAUCUGCUGCGCAAGAUUGCUGAUGGCUGGCGGCAGUCCAUCACUGAUGAUGGCGCGACCCAUGAGUUGUUGGUGAUUUACAAGGUUGAUAAAACGCUUAAUCUCGCUUGGACAGUCGACAUUCUUGAGGAAGAAUCAAGUUAUAUACAAGUCAUCAAGGUUUGGGAUGUUUUACCAGAUUCCAAGGUUCCUGAUCUUGCAAAGAAUCUAAGUAUUCUGUUUGAAGGAUAUAGUGUUAACUUUAUUAAUCUGUGCAAGUACAAAUCUUAUGAAGGGAACUUGGUUGUGCCUAAGUCAUGGAAGCUUCAUUCCUCUUGUGAAGCUCCACUUACAACUGAUCUUGUAGAUGAUUGUUUGUCUUACCAAUUUGCUGCCAUGAAUGUAAAAGACAAUCCAGGAAAACCAAGUUCAAGCGUUAGAAAGAAUUGUGUUGCAGUAUGGAAACCAAUACAACGCUAGAAUGGCAUUGGCAGCCAUUCCAAGAAGCAGUGCCAGCCCUCGGCAAGGAUAAGUUGGACUUACGCUCAGAGCCACCAAAAAAAUUACCUUAUUAUUUUUGGCAGAAAUUAAACCCAAGUCGCAUGUAUAAAGGCUUAAUGCUUUGCCAUCAAGCUGCGUCAAAGUUAAAGCUAACUUUCAUAGUUGAAGAUAAUUAAAUAGAGUGACUGUUGUAAUAAGCACAAAGGAACACGCACCUUCAAUAAAUAUUAUUUGACAAUUAUAA